CCGCCGCUGCUCUCCCAAGAUGGCGGCUCCUCCGGGCGAGUACUUCAGCGUUGGGAGCCAGGUUUCAUGCCGAACGUGCCAAGAGCAGCGGCUGCAGGGCGAGGUGGUAGCCUUUGACUACCAGUCCAAGAUGCUGGCGCUCAAAUGUCCCUCUUCCAGUGGAAAGCCUAACCAUGCAGACAUCCUGCUUAUAAAUCUACAGUUUGUCUCGGAAAUUGAAAUAAUUAAUGACCGCACAGAAACCCCUCCUCCCCUAGCUUCUCUCAAUGUUAGCAAGCUUGCCAGCAAAGCUCGAACAGAGAAAGAGGAGAAGCUGAGCCAGGCCUAUGCAAUUAGUGCUGGUGUCUCUCUGGAGGGACAACAGCUUUUCCAGACCAUUCAUAAGACCAUUAAGGACUGUAAAUGGCAAGAAAAAAACAUUGUAGUAAUGGAAGAAGUUGUUAUUGCACCUCCCUAUCAAGUGGAAAACUGUAAAGGCAAAGAAGGGAGUGCACUGAGCCACGUACGAAAAAUAGUUGAGAAACAUUUUAGAGAUGUGGAAAGCCAAAAGGUAAUGCAGCGUUCACAAGCACAGCAGACACAGAAGGAGGCCGCUCUGUCAUCCUGAGUCCCCACACCCCGCACACUUGGGGGACUCUUUCAACAUCCAACAGAGGAGGGAGGCGACAUUGGCGUCUUCAUCGGAGGCAGGCCGGGGGAGGGGAGGGAAUUCCUUUAUUUCCCGUUAGCUCUUUUUAAUGAAGGGCUAACAAUUCCAAACCUUAGACUUGAACAAAAAAAAACAACAAAAGAACGAGAGAAUAAUUUAAAAGUUGAAUCAUUACUUGACUAACAGACUUGUUUUGUCUACCAUGUUUUUUUUUUCUUUUUUCUCCUCCUGGAACAGUCAUCUUGUUAAUUUUAUUUUUGAAAAUAUUCUGUACCCUUCCCUUUCUGUCCUUUCUCCCUUGACUUUCUUCUCCUACUCUGUUCCCUGCCAUUCAGUUUUUAUAAGUGGUUAUAAUUGCCUUCUGAGCAAAUGGGAGAACCUUUGACAUCUUCCGUUCUGAAAUAAAAAUAACAAGCUGACUGUGAUAUUUGUGUUGAGGCCAGAACAGCAAAUAGGUGCCUCACUUUAAUUUUUUUUUUUUGCACAGGGCAUGGCUUGAAUUAGUUUUAUUUUUCUUAUCUUUAAAUAUAUAUAUGAAAAUAUAUAUUAAAAUGUUCUCUAAAUAUUUUCUGCUUCUUGCAGGUCUCUAUAUUAGAUCAUGGCCCACCCACUUUCAGGCCUCCCCCCUUCCCCCCCCCCCCCAAG